CUUCUUCUUUUUCCUUCCUGUGGACUUCCAUUGCAAAAUCUUUCUUUCAAUCUUCAAUUCGUAGUUUCUUCUCGCACUACUCACUCUUCGCAAUGGAUAUUGUGACUGCUGUUGGCGGCUCUAUCCUCUGUGUUUGCUUUCAGGGGCUCCUUGACAGUUUGAACUCCAUUGACUUUAUGAAAUACUUAGGCCAUGGGCAAGUCUUCACUCAACUCAAGAAGUGGGAGAAGAUGCUCAAGAGAAUUCAUGCGGUGCUUGAAGAUGCAGAGGAAAAGCAGGCGGCCAAUCGAUUGGUCGACAUCUGGUUAAGCGAUCUCAGAGACUUGGCUUACGACCUGGAGGAUAUCAUUGAUGAACUUGCAACGGAGGUUCAGCGACGCAAGUUGGAAGUCAAACCUGUUCGUCCAAAUAAUAAGGUGCAAAAGUUUUUCUCUAUUAUGUGUGGUGCGGUGAAUGUAAAUCUAAAUACUAUUAAGUUUAAUGCUGAGAUGGUUUCCAAGAUAGAGGAAACUAGUGCUAGAUUGGAUGAGAUCAUAAAGCAAAAAGAUGAACUUUGUUUAGCAGAGUAUACUAGAAGGAGGGUCAGCCAUGUGACAGAAAGACCAGCCACAACCUCUUUGGUUAAUGAAGCAAAGGUCUAUGGUAGGGAGGAAGAUAAGAAGGCGAUGCUGAACUUGUUGAAUGCUGAGACAAGUGAUGCGGAGGUAUCUGUGAUUCCUAUAGUUGGAAUGGGAGGCCUUGGCAAGACAACUCUAGCUCAGCUGGUUUACAAUGAUCCCACAUUGGGGUUUGAUUUGAAAGCCUGGGUUUCUGUUGGUGAGGAUUUUGAUGUUGUCAGGAUCACCAAAAUAGUUCUUCUUCAAUUGGGAGAUGGUGGUGAUGUUAAAGAUUUAAAUUCGCUUCAGGUAAAAUUGAAGGAAAAGUUGUCUGGGAAGAAGUUUUUAGUUGUCUUGGAUGAUGUCUGGACCGAGAACUAUGAGCAAUGGACUCUGUUUCGGAGUUCUUUUGAAGGAGGGAUACCUCAAAGCAGAAUUAUUAUCACAACUCGCAGUCAGGAGGUUUCAUUGAUGAUGGGUACUACUCCAGCUUAUCCUCUCAAGGAGCUAUCAUAUGAUGAUUGCUUGUAUGUGUUUGCCCAACAUGCUUUGGAAGCAACAAGUUUUGACGAGCACUUGGAGCUGAAAGAAAUAGGUGAGAAGAUUGUCAAAAGAUGUCGAGGAUUACCUUUGGCAGCAAAAGCUCUUGGAGGCAUCUUAAGGGGUAAACGCAAUCCUAAUUUGUGGAAGGAAGUGUUGAGCAGUGAGAUAUGGGAAUUACCAGACAACAAAAGCAAUAUUCUUCCAGCCUUAAGGUUGAGCUAUCUUCAUCUUCCAUCUCAUUUGAAGCAGUGUUUCGCUUAUUGCGCAAUUUUACCAAAGGAUCACGAGUUUGAUAGGAAUGAGUUGAUUUUGUUAUGGAUGGCCGAGGGUUUCUUGUAUGAUCGGAAGAAAAUGAAGAAGAGCGAAGGUUUAGGUCAUAAAUAUUUUGAUGAAUUAUUAUCAAGAUCGUUUUUUCAACAAUCUAAUGAUAAUAAAUCAAAAUAUAUAAUGCAUGACCUAAUUAUUGAUUUAGCAUGCUUUGUUAGUAGAGAAACAUGUUUGCUUAUGGUUGAUAAAUUGGAAAAUGCAAAAUCAUAUGGAAAGAUACGACAUUCAUCAUAUAUUCCUCAUCUCAGAGAUACUUUCCUCAGAUUUCAAAGCUUCUAUGAAAUGAAGAAUUUGCGGACAUUUUUAUCAUUGCCGAAAUACACUUCUUGUUACUGCGAAUUAUCUAGUAAGGUGGUGCAUGACUUGGUGCCAAAAUUAAAAUGCUUAAGGUCUCUAUCUUUAGCUGGUUAUGUGAUUGAAGAGUUGCCGGAGUCUAUUGGUGCCUUGAAGCACUUACGCUACUUUGACUUGUCUUAUACUAUAAUAAAAAAGUUGCCUGAAUCAGUGGAUAAACUCUUUAACUUACAGACAUUGAAGUUGUGUGGUUGUGGUAGUCUUAUUGAGUUGCCUAGAGGCAUUUGCAAUUUACUCAACUUGCGGCAUCUUGAUAUUCUCAGCACACAGAAUUUGCAAGAGAUGCCACCGCAUAUCGGUAAUUUGACUAGUCUCUGCCUGUUGACCAAGUUUAUCGUGGGGGAAAGCAAUGGACGGAUCACAGAGUUACAAAAACUUUCUGAUCUACAAGGGCAGCUUCAUAUUAUAAGUUUAGAGAAGGUUGUAGAUAUUCAAGAUGCGGGUUCCGCAAAUUUGAAGGACAAGCCUGGUAUCACUGAAUUAUACUUACAAUGGUCUCGUGAAUUUUCUUCUGUUUUGAGAAACUCAAGUGAUGAAGAACAAGUUCUCAAUUCACUACGGCCACAUCAAAGUCUGUCAGGCCUUUCAAUUAUAUCAUUUGGUGGAAGGAAAUUCCCACCGUGGCUAGGAGAUCCUUCAUUCACUAGCAUAGUAGAGGUGAAUCUGAGCCAUUGUUCCCAAAUCACAUCGUUGCCACCACUUGGACGACUACAGUCACUAAAAAAGUUGAGCAUAGAAUCUCUGGAUGGAGUGAAAGAAUUGGGUGUUGAGUUUUACGAGGUUGAUUCCUGUUUUUCUUGUUUGGAGACAUUAAAAAUUAGUAGUAUGGGUCAGUGGGAGUUGUGGUCUUGGUCUAAUGGUCUGGGUGAAGAUUCCAUAGCCAAAUUUCCCAAGCUACGUGAGCUUCGAAUAAGAAGGUGUCCUAUGUUGGUUGGAAAAUUGCCCACCUUCCUUCCUUCACUAGAAGAACUAGAUAUUGAUGGUUGCCCGCUGUUAGUUGAUUUACCAAAAGUACUCCCGUCUCUUCUAACACUCUCUAUUAGACAAUGUCAAGAGGUCGUUCUUAGGAGUGUGUCUAAUAACACCUCUAUCACUACCUUGAAAAUUGUAGGCGUGUCAGGGCUUGUAAGAUUAGAUGAAGCCCACAUAAAGGCCUUGGGGUCACUCGAAGUUUUGGAGAUUUGGAAUUGUGAUAAACUGAGAUGCCUGUGGGCUGAUGGAAUCAAUUCAAACUAUCUUACUAAUCUAAAGCGUUUGGAAAUUUUCCAAUGUAAUGAGCUAGUGUCAUUGGUAGAUGGAGAAGAAGGGCUUUUGCCUUGCAAUCUUGAAAAUUUGGUUGUAGAAUAUUGUUCUAAUAUGAAGGAGUUGCGAAGUGGGUUGAGCAAUCUCAAAUCUCUCAAAGAUUUGACAAUCCGCUCAUGCGGAAGUUUAGUCUCCUUUCCAGCAAGGGGUUUGCCGUGCAGCUUGAUACGUGUUAGUAUUAAAGACUGUGAUUCUUUGGAGUGUCUGCCGGAGGGAAUUGUGCAUCGCCGUAAUUACCGUAACGAGACAUCCCAUCUUGAGAAGUUGCAUAUCAGUGAAUGUAAAUCUCUCAGGUCCUCUCCAGAUGGCGAGUUUCCUGAUUCACUAAGGACUCUUCAAAUUCACAACUGGACGGCACAAUCAUUAAACUCGCUGUGUUAUGGGCUUUCUCGUCUUACAGAAUUACACAUAUGGAACUGUCCUCAAUUAGAGUCGUUUCCAAGGACUGAAUUGCUCAUCCCGACUCUUAUCUCUUUAUCAAUUAGGUGGUGUGAAAGAUUGAGGUCUCUAUCCAGUCAUAUGCAAAGCCUCCAUCGUCUCCAACAUUUAAAAAUAUUUGGAUGUCAUCAAUUAGAGUUGUUCCCGGAGAUUGGAUUACCCAACACUAAGCUUGUCUCUUUCAAAAUUGGGUAUUGUGAAAAUUUGAGGUCUCUACCUAAUCAGAUGCAAAACCUCACUUCCCUUCGAUAUCUGCAGAUAAAAGAUUGCAGAGGUGUGGAAUUCUUAAAAGGGUGUUUACCACCAAACCUAUCUGACCUAUCGAUCAAUAGAUGCGAGAAUCUGAAACAGCCAAUGCUAGAGUGGGAACUCCACAGAUUCACCUCUCUUACAAAAUUGGUCAUCGGUAACAUCAAGUCAACUGAAGAUAUUAUUUCCUUUCCAGAUGAUGACGGAUUACUGCUUCCCACUUCUCUAACCGUCCUCAAAAUCUCUCUCAAGAAUCUGAAAUCCAUAUCCAUGGGUAUCCAAAACCUCACAUCUCUUGAAAAAUUAGAAAUUUCGUCGUGCCCAAAACUCCAGUCCUUCCCAGCUGAGGGCUUCCCUGCUACUCUUGAACUCCUAGAUAUUUCCGGCUGUCCUCUACUGCGAGACCGUUGCUUAAAAUAUACAGGGGGAGAUUAUUGGCCUAUCAUUUCUCAUAUCCCCAGUGUUUGGAUACCCGAUUAAUGCAGGCUCUGCUGCACUCCAACAAUCAGGAUCAUCUCUUGAGAGAAUGUCCUGUUUCUUCUAAAAGUUAUGCUGCCUGAAACUUUUACCUAAAUAUGAUUCUAGCUGUUCUGCUUUGGAAUCUAUCCUGGGUUUCUGGCCCAUCUAACUCCGAUAUUGCAAGUCCAAAUCAUACGAGCCAGUGGUGCUGUCCAAAUCUAUACAGAGAUCAAAAUGAUCUGGAUAAGUAUGAAAAAUGGAAGAUGUGAAACUCUGCUGCCCUUGAGUUCUUCUGAGGAAAAUUUGCCUGAGCUUGCAUACGAUUUUAUCUUCUGUAUAAAUUUCGAGUCCCUAUUUUUAAUUUGAGAAAAAUAGGAAUGGAAACUUGAGAUACCAACCUAGUGGCCUCAUUGGAGUUGCAACUUUAUGUCAUGGUUCACUGCCAGUAGGCACAAAAUGGAUGGACAACACUACUAUUGCAGGCAGCUAAUGUUGGGGAUAUGUUUUUUCUUUUCGAUUUAUUUAUACGUUAAUCAUGAGAAGAGAACAAAAGAAGUUGCGCCUAUGGUGAUGAUGAACCAUUGGAAAGCAGAGUGUGCUUAGGUCUCUUUGUGGAUGCAUUUAAAUUAGGCCUCUGUAUCUCGAAUUUUUGGACCAAGAGGGGCUUCAAUAACUCACCUCUCUCGAAAAGCUGGAAAUUAUUUGCUGCAGAAGGCUCUGUUCCUUGCCAGAGGGGCUACCUUCCUCUUUAUUUUCUCUAACUAUCAAGGAAUGUCCACGGCUAAAAGGAAAACUCCAGAAUAAAAGAGGAAGAAAUUGGUCCAGAAUUGCUGAUUUUCAUAGCAUAUAUAUCGAUGAGGAAGAAUCUAAUUAACAACCUAGAAGAGAUGAUAAUCUUGUUUGCAGAAACAUCUGAUUUUCCUUGCAUAUUCAAAGUUCACCUCAAAGCUUUCAAAGAAUAGAUAACCGCUGAGCUUGGCCUGAGGUAUGAUCUUUCUUCAUGCUGGUCACAACAUGAGUAUGCACAUCUAUUUGCGGUUAAGAGCACUUCAUUUCCUGAGUUGGAUUGGCGCUCUGCCUCUUGCCUAUGGUGUCCUGCAUUUACAUCUCCCACAUCCAAUCAUUUCAACGAGGUGCUUGGUGUCUUAAUUUGGUGGAAUUCACCACCACGAAGGAAAAAAAAAAAAACUGAACAGCAGCUGUCAUAAGGAGUCCAAGGGAAAGAAACGAUUGCUGGCAGAACAUAGUAGCAGCUUUUUAUAUUUCUGUUUUCUCAAUGGAGUUUUCCAAAUGCAAUUUCCUUUAUGUCUAGUUCAUUGGUAUCCCCCCAAGUUUCUACAUGUUUAAACAGUACAGAUGAGUGGUAGUGUGAUGGUAGCAGAAGACUUGGCCCUCUGCUAUGGCUUUGCUUGUUUCCUUGUCUGAUUUUUUUCUCUGAUGGAUCAUGAACAUAUGUUGAUAUGAAUGGAUGGGAGCUUAAUUGUACAGCAAAAUUGCUACAGCUCCAAAAUUCACAGUUUUUUCUCUA